CUCCUUUCCCCUGCUGAUUGUUGAAAAGUAACCUUCUACAAACCCUAUAGUACCCUUCUUCUCCAAGCAUAGGAUCUUCAAUCACAAUUCUCUUAUAGCUCCGCUACUCAGCAUCAAACAAUCCUAAAUUCAAUACACCAAAAAGCCCUUAAAAAUCUUGCAAAAAUUUAGCAGCAGUACAUGGCGUAUGUGGAUCAUGCGUUCUCCAUAUCAGAUGAGGAUAUAAUGAUGGAAUCAGCCUACACAGUCAAUAACAAGCCGCCCAUCAAGGAGAUUGCCCUCGCCGUUUCUCUCCUGGUUUUUGGCGCUCUCGGAAUCGUUCUUGGUGCCAUCAUGGCCGUCAAUAAUGUCGGCGGUGACCGCACCCACGGGCUAUUUUUUGCUGCACUGGGAGGAAUUCUAUUCAUUCCAGGAUUUUAUUAUACACGGAUUGCAUACUACGCAUACAAGGGUUACAAAGGUUUCUCUUUUGCCAACAUACCUGCAGUGUAGAGUUGCUUGGUGACACAAGACUCACUGUACAGAUGUUUCUAGUUGCAAGAUGUUUGUAAAUGAAUAGUAUCUCUAUUAAGCUAAACAGUCGGGUGAAACUGAAUCUCCAUGGAGUUGUGUUUAUUAGCGUGCGAGAGACAAAUUAACUCUUAAUGAACUGUUUGGCAUAAUUUUGGCGUUUUCCUUUAA